AUGAUAAACAGGAGCCAAGACCUUCUGAAGAAACGAGGGAGCAUCUUCGAAAAGAGAAAGGCAAAAGAGAAGAACGAAGUGCAGCACCUGUUCAGCAAGAUAUCGGGGAAUCUGGCCAUGCUUGACGGGCUCGUUUCGCAGGUGGAGAAAGAGUGCACGCUGUACUGCAUCCCCACCUUCAACAGCAAGAUAGAAAUAGUGAAGAGGAUCGAAGGGCUGAAGUACGAGAUAGCUGUCAAUCUGACGAAGGCCAAAGGGAUAAUGGACCACUUCUCGAGCAGCUUCAAGAAGUCAAUAAACCACAUACUAGUGGAGUCAGUGGGCGUGCACUUCCACUACAAGAUAGACAAAAUCAUUGCAAGAAUGAACGAGUCUCUGCGGAAGAUAGAAGCAGCAAGGGAAGAGGAGGCGCAGAUGGAGGAAAAAACAGAAGAGCAGGGAAACAAGGCAGGGAUAGAAAGCGUGUACAAAUCAGUCUACUACAUAAACACAAUCAUACGAGAGCUGAAAACUGUUGUGAUAUCGCAGUCGGACAAGAUAGAAAGACUAGACAUGGCGAUGGACCACGUAUCGAGCAGCGCGUAUAAGUCUAUAAAUGAAAUAAGCUCUAUCUCCACCUUUGGAUCACACAUGAAAAAUAGAAUCAUCUCUGUCCUCUUUUGUUCCAUCCUCGUGCUUGUUGUUCUCUCGACUAUUAAGGCGUAUGCGCACUCAAGCUCUCGCAUAAAACAGAGAAAGAGUGAACUCAAGGGAAGAGAGUACAGGAGCAUGAAAUAA